ACUGGAACGCUGUCAGCGCUACCAGCCUUUGAGAAUUUGGGGAAUAAUCCUGACUUUAAAUAAGUGGAGAUGGUAUCUCGGGCCAGAGUUCCGGGUCAGCAGCGAGUGCCGUAGCCGAGCGCUGUGGCUGUGCAGCCGCCCGUCCUUGCCCGUGUCUCUGCUGCCGGCAGCUUUCGCUUUCGCGGGGCAAAGUCUCGGCCCGAGGCUCGGGACAUGGAGGGACGCGCGUUCCCGCCGGGCCCCGCCCGCGGCGGCCGAGGGACGCGGGGCCGAGGGACGCGGGGUCGGGGCCGGGCUGCGGAGCGGCUCCCCCGGGUCCCCCAUCCCGGGCCGGUUCCGACCCCGCGCCCCGCCGGGCCCGGCCCCGCGGCCGGGGAGGAGCGGCUGCUGCAGGCGCUGGGGGGGCUGAGCCUGGGCCCCCCGCGGGCCGGCGGGAGCCUGGUGCUGCUGCGGGGGCUGCCGGGCGCCGGCAAGAGCACCCUGGCCAGGCAGCUGAAACGUGACCACCCCAGUGCUGUAGUCCUUAGUACUGAUGACUUCUUUGUUGAAAAUGGUGUCUACAUCUUUGAGCCUGACUUCCUAGAAGAUGCACACAAGUGGAACCAGAAAAGAGCACACAAAGCAAUGAAGAAUGGGAAAAGCCCGGUUAUUAUUGAUAAUACCAACAUCCAUGCUUGGGAAAUGAAGCCGUAUGUGAUGAUGGCACGUGAAAAUAGGUAUGAAGUUACAUUCCAAGAGCCGGACACACCCUGGAAGUUCAAUGUUCAAGAACUAACAAGAAGAAAUAUUCAUCAUGUCCCCCGGGAAAAGAUACAACGGAUGAAAGAACAAUACGAGCACAAUGUUACCUUCCACAGUGUUCUCCGGUCUGAAAAACCAAGCAGGGAUGAAGGAAGCUACAGUGGAGCAAGUGCAGCUUGUGGCAGGGGUCCCCAUCCCACCCACCCUUCCGCCUUGCCAAGGAGGAGACCUGGCACGGCACGCACAAAUGUGACAUUUAACUGAAGAUGUGCAUUCCUUGGUGUUUCGAUUAUCAGGGUACAAGAGUCUCUAGUUUUACAUUUUUCUCUAAACUGUUUUUUAUUCUUGUGUUUUUCUACUACAUUUCUAAAUGACUUUUAUUUCUUACAAGCCUUUAAAAGGCAUGGGACUGUGAUCUCACAGCUCUACAGGACACUGUAAGAGCACUGUAUCCAGUACAAAUGUACUCUCUAACAUCCCUCUUCCUCCAGGAAAAUCCAUUGAGGCAGAUGUCAAAUGUACUGGAUCUAGCACAUGCCACAUUUUGGAUGUUUUUCUCUGCAUCACAGUCUGACACUAGCAAUAAACAUUCCUAACUUA